AUUCUAACUGUUCUUCUCUAAGGGUCAAGUUACGGUGAAAAUCACCAGAAGCUCAAACCCCUUCUUCCUAUAACAUGGAAACUCACAAAAAAACUGGGAUUAUGAUUUCCCUCAUCAUCAUAAUCUUCUUGGUUUCUAGCACCAAACCUAGCAGUGCAGCGUCUAGGCCUUUAGAAGGUAACCAUAAUCCUAGAGCGGAUUAUCAUAACGAUCAACCACUGGCUUUCACGGUUGGUAGAACUCCUGUCCCACCUUCCGGUGCUUCUCCCUGCACUUACAUACCCGAAGGAGGUGGAGACUGCGCCCAAUUCCUCGCUGAAUUUUCUCCAUGAUUUAGUGCAAUAGCGGAUAACCACCGGGCCGGGGCUGCAGUGUGCAUGAUUCAUAUCAGGUUAUGGUAUUUAUUAAUUCGAUCUGUACGUACGUAAUUGAUAGUAUAAGUGUCUGUAUAUAACUGAUCAGGAAUAAGGAUAAGAUGUAAAU